CAAGGUAUUGUUAAUAGCAAAAGAACGGACGAAUGAGCAACCAAAAGGCUUGAGGGACAACGGGAUUCGCUUUAUUUAUAAUCUGCUAGUGGCUACAAACACCAGUACUCAAUUCAAUUACCCGAAGCUCGAUCAUCCCAAACGAAGAAUGCCAUUUAGCAUUCCAGCGGAUUGGUGCAGCGGAACAUCGAUGCAUCCAAGCAUUGUGUUGAUAGCACGAUACCAUGAUAAUAUAGAUAAUAUCAAUAGUAUGACGACUGAGGUUUUUUAUUCAACUUGAGCGUGUUACGACUUAAGGAGGACAUUGCCGGAAUUCGUGUCGGAUCCCAUGAAUACCGACCUUACAAAUCUUUCCUCGCCAAAGCCCUGCAGAAAACAUGGCCCAGCCGACCAACAUGCUUUAUCCUCCCUACUCGCAUGAUAAAAUCAUGAGCCCUCAGGACACACCGUACUUUACUGACAAUGAAUUCCGACAUUCGACCAGCCGCAGUUUCACCGAGGUGCGAGACCCUGCCACCAACAACCUGGUCACACGGGUUCCGCAAAUGACAACGGCGGAACUGGAGGAAUCGAUUUCUUCUGCUAAAGCGGCAUUCCCUAUCUGGCGGGGAAUGUCAGUGAUUGCCAGGCAACAGAUCAUGUUCCGCUAUGUUGGUCUGAUAAAAGAGAAUCAGGAGAGAAUCGCUGCCAUCAUUACGCUGGAACAGGGCAAGACGACUGCCGAUGCAAGAGGGGAUGUGUUGCGCGGCUUACAGGUUGCUGAGGCUGCGUGCGCUGGGCCUGAAUACAUGAAGGGAGAAGUUUUGGAGGUUGCGAAGGGCAUGGAAACGAGGACAUAUAGAGAACCGCUCGGUGUUGUUGCCGCUAUUUGUCCAUUUAACUUCCCAGCCAUGGUACCAUUGUGGUGCCUUCCAAUUGCAACAAUUACAGGCAAUACGCUUGUGCUCAAGCCGUCAGAGCGUGUUCCGGGGGCGGCAAUGAUUCUCGCUGAGUUGGCCGAGAAGGCAGGAUUCCCACCAGGGGUUAUCAACAUGGUCCAUGGCACCCACGAAACCGUCAACUUCCUGCUUGAUGCACCCGAGAUCAGGGCAAUCAGCUUUGUGGGCAGCAAUAAAGCAGGCGAGUAUAUCUUUGAAAGGGGCUCUGCCAAUGGGAAGCGAGUACAGGCAAACAUGGGCGCGAAGAAUCAUGCCCUUGUCAUGCCCGACGCCGACAAGGAUCAGGCCCUGGCCUCUAUCGUGAGCGCGGCAUUUGGUGCUGCCGGUCAGCGCUGCAUGGCCUUAUCCGUUGUUUUGUUUGUUGGGGAAACAAAAGACUGGCUUCCUGAGCUUGUUCAGCGAGCGAGGGCUUUUCGCGUGGACGCCGGCUUCGAGGACGGUGUGGACCUUGGCCCUGUUGUUACUCCAGAGAGCAAGACACGGAUUGGUAAUCUUGUAUCUAACGCUGAGGACGCGGGUGCGACGAUUGUGCUCGAUGGUCGCGGCUAUAUACCAGCAAAAUAUCCCAACGGUAACUGGGUUGGGCCGACAAUCAUCAGUGGCGUGCGCCCUGACAUGCAGUGCUAUCAGGAGGAGAUCUUUGGGCCAGUUCUCGUGUGUUUAAACGUAGAUUCUCUCGAUGCUGGGAUCGACCUCAUUAACAAGAACGAAUACGGAAAUGGGACCGCGAUUUUCACCUCCUCAGGAGCGGUGGCUGAGCGAUUUCGAAAGAAUAUAGAGGCCGGGCAGGUUGGAGUGAAUGUGCCCAUUCCUGUGCCACUUCCGAUGUUCUCAUUUACCGGCAACAAAAAGAGCAUUGCUGGUGGAGGAGCCAGCACCUUUUACGGGAAGCCCGGUGUGAAUUUCUACACCCAGUUGAAAACAGUUACAUCAAAGUGGGCGAGCAGGAACGUAUCGUUCGAAAAGGUCGAGCUGGCAAUGCCAGCUGAGCUUUAAAACAUACAAUGUCAAAUAAAGCCACGAUAUUGUAUAGCAAAUUCCACCUCAGAGAGUUUUGACCUUUUAUUCUUUUAUUUUUGUCCCUAAUGCCCAGAUCACCGCUGGCUCUCGAAGCAAUGGGUUCAGGGCGUGUUGGAUCUGAGAUAUAUGUUUCUCCCGCCCAGUGGAACAUUAACUCUUGCUGGUAGAGCUACUGUUGUACAUCCUCAAAAGACGAAUUCACGAGAUACCUGGUAGCAAUCGACUGCUUCGAGCUAGCAGACCGGAAGUGAUAUUCGCUUGCCACAUCGCAUUCCAUAGGUUUGGCUUCGUCAUCCAAAAUCUACCGAUAUUCUCCUAUCGUCUUUACUCUUAUCGCCCUUAUCUCCUUAUCGCCCUUAUCGCCCACACUAUCUUCGAUAAUGUUAUCGGGAU